UGGGAAUAUACGGCAAGUGACACAAGUUUGCAGAGGUCACAUUCACAAUAGUGGUUCGUAGGAAUUCGUCACUCUACAUGCAAAGCAUGCUCUUCCCCAGCAUCCUGCUAACAACUGUGGCUCUACUAGGAUUCUAUUUACCUCCUGAUUCAGGGGAGAGGAUCGGGCUUCAGAUAACUAUAUUGCUCACAUUCAUGGUUUUCCUCCUCGCAGUUGGAGAGAUGUUCCCUGCCUCCACUGGUCCCUACUUAGGCAUCUACUUUGUAAUAUGUAUGGGGUUGCUGGGAGUCAACCUCCUCAUGACUGUGAUUGUACUUCAUGUGCAUUUCAAACCAGUGGUGAACGUGGAUCCAAAGCUGAUGAAACGGAAGCCACAUUGUAUAGGAAGGUGUAGAAGGUUCUUUGGCUGCAAUGAUUCCAGUGAUGAUGAGAAGACACGGAUGCAAAAGAUGAGAAAGAAGGAAUUAUAUCGAACAAGAUCUGCUGUUCCGAGGGUGACGAGGAAGAUCUUGCAGUUUUGUGAUCGCUAUUGGAGUGUGGGGGAAGUUGGGGCAAGAUGGAUGAAAACCAUCAGCGACGAUGAGCUUGAUGAUGUCACUGUUGAUGAUGUCAUGCAGGACACUGAUAACUCGGAAACCAUGACAGACGAUGAUGAUGUCACUUGGGUGGAUUCACGCGAUGAAGCGAUGUUGAAAACGGAGGUCGUUCGAACAUCGGCGAACGUUUCCGAUAAAUCAAGGCCAAGUGUUGUGGUGGAUGCAGUAUCAUUGCCUCAUGUUGUGGAGGGUAUCUCUGUGCCUAGUGUUGCCUCAAAGAAAUCUGAGAUUGACGGCUUUAUAAUGUUGCAACAAAACCAUCAAAACAAUGAAGCUGAAAUAUCACCGGAAAAGAAAAUGGAAACACUGGGUUUAAAAAUGCCUCGAAAGUCGUUUUCGAACCCGACGACUUUAAAACGUUCGAUUUCUGAUUCUUCGAAGACUGAGGAGGUGAAGAUGGGUCGACCCACUUCGUCAGGGAGACCAGAGGGUUCGGAGCACGAGUCCAGGAGUGGCUCGAUUGUUUCAAACAUAUUUCGACACCGAGUUUUGGGGGUUGUGGGCGACGUGAGGGAUUAUAUAAGGAAGUCGGAAAUGACUCGCGUGAAGAAACGAAAAUCCCGAAAAAGGCGAAAGAGAGAGAGACGAGAAAAAAGGAAAGAAGAAGAACAAGAGAGACAAGACCUUGAACAGGAAGAAUGGAAAAGUGUGGCACGAGCUAUCGAUGUUAUUUUCUUCCGAUUCUACGUCUUUUUUAUCGUUGUCAGCCAUGUUGGAUUGUUGGCUAAAGCAUUACAUAGCUGGCUGGUGGAUGAUAGGUUAUGACGUCAUAAACUGUUGUUAUGAUGUCAUAAUGAAACUGCUACUAUGACCUCACAGGUGGAAAAGACAUAAUAUGAUGUCAUAAGUUUAGUAAACUAUGAUGUCAUCAUGACAUCACAUUGCAUUAACUCAAACAAUCUAUUUCAAUAAAGUUCUACUUGAUCGAUAA